AUGGCUGGUUGUGGUAAAGCUGGAGGCAAAGGGCGUGCCAAGGUCACAACUCGCUCAUUCAGAGCCGGUCUUCAGUUCCCUUUCGCCUGCAUCCACCAACUGCUGUGCAAGGGUCACUAUGCCAAGCAUGUUGGGGCCGAGGCUCCCAUCUACUUAGCCACUGCCCUCGAUUACUUGACGGCCAAGAUCCUCAAGUUGGUCGGCAAUGCGGCCUGGGGCAACAAGAAGGUCCGCAUGAUCCCCCGCUACCUGCAGCUCACCAUCCACAACAAUGAGGAGCUCAACAAGCUGCUGGGAGGGGUCACCAUAGCCCAGGGCAGGGUCCUGCCCAAUAUCCAGGCUGUGCUGCUGCCCAAGAAAACUGGCCACUCCAGCAAGGUUUAUGCCUGA